AUGUCAGAAAGUACACAAACCUCGAGCUCCGAACAUAAUGAUACGGGUACUUCAAUGCGAAGGAAAAAAGCCACAAGGGCUUGUUUCCAUUGCCAAAAGGCCCAUUUGACUUGUGACGAUUCUAGACCCUGUCAGCGAUGUAUUAAACGAGAUCUAGCAGCCUCAUGUACUGACGGUAUUCGCAAAAAGGCAAAGUACUUGCAAGAUUCACAUUAUGAUGUGUAUGAAAUAAUCGAUCAUAAAUUUUAUUACAAUAACUCUACACCGACUCCUAUUGAACAACAAACCAAAUAUCAAUCUCCACCUACUCCUAUCCUUACAUACCCACCAACGCCUUUGCAACAAACUCAUCCCGGACCAUUUUCCACUUAUCACGAAAAUCCUGUACCGUCUUCGUUUAUUAAUAAUAAUCGACAACUGGUUCUGCCUAAAACUGUUGAUGAAUCGGUUUACCUGAAAUCAUUGGGACGUCCUAUUCCAACUUCUCCAAUAUCUCCAUUAUCAUCACAUUUUGCCGAUGAUUAUAAUUAUCAACAAUUAUUCUAUUCUCGACAACACCGUUCUCACUAUAUACAUAAUCUUGGUCAAUCACUGUUUAUAGCUCCACCACAAACCAAUCAGACGGUUUUUAUGCACAAUGGAUUUCAAUCAACUCCUAAUAAUAUUGUGGAUCCCAGUACGUUGUUUGGUCCAGAAAGCUACCCACUUGCGACGGUUAAUUAUGGUUUCGGAUCUGAAGCUGUGAACCUUGAAUAUUCAAUCCUAAGCAAUAU